AUGCACUCCUCGCUGGUCACUAUGGCUGUUCUGAAGGCCCUCCGGGCUGACUUGCAGCAUACACUCCAGGCGAAUGUGGCAGCACUCCGAUCAGUCCUCUCUAACCUCACAGGUCGGCUACAGGCGGUGGAAAAAAAACAUGAGCGACUACGCACCACGACUCACGACCCUGAAGACAACAUCCCUAGAGGUACAGCGAAUCAUUGGGACCCUGUAAUGGCGAAUAGCCGCCCUCAAGAACACACGCCGCAAGAACAACCUCAAGAUUAG